CAGGUGCGACGAGCUGUAGCAGCCAUGCCGACUCCUAAGAAGAAGGCAGUUAUAUUUGACAUGGGAGGAGUUCUGGUGACUCCCCCUCAGUGGGCCAUCAACAACUACGAGAAAUCACUGGGACUUCCCAGGAUGUUUAUCCAGGGAGUGAUGAUGAAGGGAAUGCCAAACAACGCCUUCUGUCAGCUGGAGAGGGGAGAGCUCACCUUGUCUCAGUUCUUCUCGGCGUUCACCACAGAGCUGCAUGAGGCAGCGGGGGAGGGGGGCGUGGAGCUGCCGGCAGACUUCAGCGUCCAGCAGAUGUUUCAGCAGAUGCAGGGUGGACAGGUCGUCGGGGUCAUGAUCAAGGCUGUCAGGAACCUACGCAAACAUGGAGUGAAGACCUGCAUCCUGACCAACAACUGGCUAGACGACACGGCCGUGCGGGAGGGGGGCCCCGCCGCCGUGCUGGUAUUGUUCCGCCGGCUGUUUGACCUUGUGGUGGAGUCAUGUCGGGUCGGCCUGAGGAAACCCGAUCCCGCCAUCUUCCACCUCACCUGCAGACAGCUCGGGGUACAGCCGCAGGAGGCUGUGUUCCUGGAUGACAUUGGGAAUAACGUGAAAGCUGCUCGGCAGCUCGGCAUCACUACUAUCCUGGUGCGAGACUUUGACAAGGCAGUCAGGGAGUUAGAGGAGGCUGUAGGGCUCGAGUUGACCAGGUUCCCUCCCCCUGCUGUGGCCUGUAAACCUGAGGAAGUUCCACACUGCUACAUCACACUCAAGACUGGCAUCAAGCUCCACUACGUAGACGUGGGAGACGGGCCUGUGGUGAUCCUGUGUCACGGCUUCCCAGAGUCAUGGUACUCAUGGAGGUACCAGAUCCCAGCCCUGUCCCUGGCUGGUUAUAGAGUCAUCGCGCUGGACCAGAGAGGGUACGGGGACUCCAGCUGUCCUACAGAGAUAGAAGCCUACACUCAUGAGGAGCUGACUGGGGAUAUCAUUGGCCUUAUGAAUGCACUGGACAUCCCCCAAGCAACAGUGGUGGGCCAUGACUGGGGAGGGGCCAUCGUGUGGGCUCUCAGCUUACAUUAUCCGGACAGGAUCAGGGGGGUUGCUGGAGUGAACACCCCCUUCUUCCCGGCCAACCCGGAGGGGGGUAGCCCCCUGGAGAGGAUGAAGAAGAACCCUCGACAGUUUGACUACCAGCUCUACUUCCAGCAACCGGGCGUUGCUGAGGCGGAGUUUGAGAAGAACCUGGAGAGAACUCUCAACGCCUUCUUUAGAAGUUCCAAAAAGGAGGACUGGCCCUUUGAUAGGAAGGGUCUGGGGACUGACAACGUCAGGGCAAGGGGGGGCAUGCUUGUGGGUUUCCCCGAUGUCAUACCUCUGAGUCUGAUGAUGAAACAGGAGGAGAUCGAGUACUACGUGCAGCAGUUCGGCAAGUCAGGCUUCAGGGGUCCGCUGAACUGGUACAGGAACGUUGACGCCAACUGGAGAUGGAAUAACAAAACUGCUGGGAGAAAGGCGUUUAUAUAG